GUCAAAGCAAAUUGCAAAGUCGUCACAGUUUCACACAAAUCCCGUGCUAGUGAACGGCUUGAAAAGUUUUUAAGCCGAAAAAAACCAGUGAAAAUGUUUCGAAAACUUCCUUCAAACCUAGUCAACACACUGUCGAAGCGAAGCUUCGUAUCUAUAAACCAUCCGCGGCAGAGUAGUGUAUUUGGGCCAAAGGAAUCAAAAGAAUUCCACUCCCGAUCCCCAGAGCAGAAUGAAGACCGGAAUCACAACAAAUCCGCCGGGUGUAAAGCGCGCCACUUCCCACUGAAAUUCAUCGCCGCAAGUUCCUUCCUGUCGUGGUUCAGCAAAAAGGAUGACGAAGAUUCACCGGAGAACCAACUUAUCAAAACCAUCAAAAUGUCCAUUCUGAACAUCCAAAGAGAGGACUACCGGAAGGCCGAACAGAUGCUUCACAUUGCGUUGAAGAUGGCCCAGGAUCUGCAGAGCAAGGAUGGGAUCACGUACAUCUACGACAUCAUGGCCAAUUUGGCCAUGGAGGUGGGCGAGUUUGCCAAGGCGGAAAAGCUUUUCGUGAAUGUGAUGCAGCGACUAUUUGCCGAUGGAUUCGUUGAAGAUCACAUCAAAAUGCUGCACAUCAGUUCGAAAAUCGCUCACAUAGCGCAGCUGCAGGGACAUCUCGAUAAGGCCGUCCAGGGGUUCGAGUGGACUCUGGCCAAACUGGAGGAAAAUCUCAAGAAGGCCGGAGACGAUAAGGAGAUUAUGGAGCUGUGGGGCAUUACCAAGAACUGGUACGCGCAGCUACUGAUGGAGUUGAAAAGGUUCACGGAAGCACGGGAUUGCUUUAGGCAGGCGUACGAUGCGUAUACGGAAAUCCACGGGAAGCUGACGGAGGAAGGGUUGACCAUACUAAACAACCUGAGUGUGGCAUGUUCUAAUCUGGAAGACUACGCCUCGGCGGAAAAGUAUCUCAAGGAAGCGAUCAGCUUGGCCUCCAAAAUACCGGACCUGUCGGAGGAGGGUGUCUACCGGGCCAACUUGGGACUGCUGUACCUUCAGCAAGGCUUGCUCAGCCAGGCGAAGGAGUUCUGUUCGUUCGCCUGGAAGUACGGCAAGCAGCAUAGUCAUGAAGAAACUGUGAUACAGGCCAACUACUGUCUGGAGCAGAUAAAGGCCAUGCAAAAGUAACUAAGUAACUAGUAACAUAUUUAUUUUCAGUCAAGUGACGAUCAUACAAUGAAUCAAGUGCACUGCUUGUUGGAGAAAAUUUGAACGAUGUUUUAAGAAUUUGCAAUGUUUUCUGAUGUCCAGAAUAUAUUUUAAAAAAUGUUUCACGAGCAA